UGUUCCGCUGUCCAGGGGAAUUUAUUUUUUCGUGUUUGCAGGGAUAAUUCAAAAAAUCUUUUCGAGUCCAGUAAAUUAUUCGAUCAACUAUUUUAAAAUAAAACAUCUGACCAUCCAUCAAUUAUUGGGUACUCAAAUAAAAUUUUGAGUAUUUUAUCCAAUAUUUGCCCUCGAUUAUUAGAGAUGAGAAUGAAUUUAAAAAUUAUUUUCAGGACAAACAAUUUUUUCUUUAAAAAAACUGAGGAUAAGGAUAGUUCAGAAUUUGAUGCUUUAUUUGAUUGGCAAGUAGUCCACAUAGGUACAGGAAUAAAUGAUAUUGUUAGACUUAUUUUUAUUUGUGUUGAUGCUGAAUUACGCCGUUUAAAUUCAAUUAAAUGGUUACAAAUUUAUGAAAAAUCAUUUAAUAAAAUAAUUAAAAAAUUGGGAAAAGAAGAAGAGAAUUUAAAAUCUUUUAAAUUAAUUAAAGAAAUAGCAAUUUAUCAUUCAAAAUAUGAAUGUUGUUUUCAAUUAUUUUUAAUUGCAAAUAUUUUGGGACAAGAAAAAGAAGAAAGAAAAAGAGAAAAACUUAUAAAUAGAAUGAAAUGUUUAUUUGAUGAUUGCUGUAAAGAAAAUGGAUUUUUUAAUGAAUAA